AUGGCCCAAAAUUUACAAAAGAAGCCCUCUAAGGGAAUAUUAAAGUCAUCUCGCAGUGUUGACAACCAAGAUGGGGCGCCUUCGACCAGUAAGCGGCAGAAAGAACAGAGGUUUGAUGAAAUGAAUAUAAUGGAAACCUUUCACCCUCCUAACAAGGAUUAUGGGCAUAUGAAAGUCGAUGAACCAAAAACGCCUUACUCGGAAGCCAUCGAUAGUGACUUAGAGACAAACGACGAACUGGACGCGAACAUUCUGGCAGCGAAAUUGGCUGCGAGUAUGAAUAAACCACCCAAAUGUGUCGAAAGCUGUGGAAGUGAGGAUGAAGAAGAGACUGAAGAGGCGCGUCAAAAGAGACUUGAGUUUGAAAAGAAGAGGAAAAUGCAUUACAACGAAUUUCAGGCUCUCCAACUGGCACGCCAGCUCAUGGCUCAGGAGGAAGAGGAUGAGGAUGACAAGACCCAAGCUUCAAACACCUGA